UCGCGGCGGGAGCGCCCCCGUCCCCUGGGAGGGACCGGCGGGCCCAGGCGGUGACAGGAGCGGCGGCGGCGGGGCCGGGGCAGCGCGGCGGGGCGGGGGCAGCGCCGCCGGGGGCCCACCGAGCUCCCCCUCUCCUAGCGCGGCCCGGCCGGGCUCGCCGCUCCCCUCGGGCCUGGCGGGGUCACCUUCAUGGGCGGGCGGUAGCGCGGGGCCCGGCGCACGGCGGUGCCCGGGGCCUGGUUGAGGAGGCGUCGGCGGGAGAGAGCGGGGCCCGGGGCCGGCGGUGGGGGCCGGGGCCAUGUUCGUGCAGGAGGAGAAGAUCUUCGCGGGGAAGGUGCUGAGGCUCCAUGUGUGCACCAUGGAGGGCGCGGAGUGGCUGGAGGAGGUCCCCGAGGACACCACGGUGGAGAAGCUGAAGGAGCGAUGCCUGAAGCACUGUGUACCUGGGAGCUUGGAGGAUCCAAAAACCGUGACACAUCAUAAGUUGAUACAUGCUACUUCUGAGAAGGUGCUGACAGACACAAAAACAGUGUUGGAGGAAAACAUUCAAGAUAGAGAUGUCUUACUUUUAAUAAAGAAGCGUGCGCCACCUCCGCUCCCCAAAAUGGCAGAUGUGUCAGCAGAGGAGAAGAGGAAACAAGAGCAGAAAGCUCCUGAUAAGGAUGCUAUUCUCAAAGCAACUGCAAAUCUGCCCUCUCGCAAUGUAGAUCGCACUGUGGCCCAUCAUAACAUGAGGGAUUUUCCUUUCUUGCAGUUCCAGACAGAGCUCCGGAAGAUCUUAGUGUCUCUCAUAGAAGUUGCGCAGAAAUUGCUAGCACUGAACCCAGAUGCGGUUGAACUCUUUAAGAAGGCAAAUGCCAUGCUGGAUGAGGAUGAGGAAGACAGAGUGGAUGAGAUAGCUCUGCGACAGCUUACAGAAAUGGGGUUUCCAGAAAGCAGAGCUGUCAAAGCCCUUCGAUUAAAUCAUAUGUCAGUGACACAGGCCAUGGAGUGGUUGAUAGAACACGCAGAUGACCCUACAGUGGAUGCACCGCUCCCAGGUCAGACUCCAGCAGAAACCACAGCUGAAGCUGGCGCAUCCUCCGCUGAAGCGACUGCAGGUCCUAGUUCAGAAGCGAGUGCGGAAGAGGCCAAGGAUGAGCUGACAGAAAUAUUUAAGAAGAUCCGGAGGAAAAGAGAGUUUCGUCCAGACCCACGAGCUGUCAUUGCCCUGAUGGAGAUGGGAUUUGAUGAAAAAGAAGUGGUAGAUGCACUCAGAGUAAACAACAACCAGCAAAAUGCGGCUUGUGAAUGGCUGCUGGGAGACAGAAAGCCUUCUCCAGAGGACUUAGAUAAGGGAAUUGACACCAAUAGCCCUCUCUUCCAAGCCAUCUUAGAAAACCCAGUGGUACAGUUAGGGCUGACCAACCCUAAAACUCUACUAGCCUUCGAGGAUAUGCUUGAAAACCCCUUGAACAGCACUCAGUGGAUGAACGAUCCAGAAACUGGGCCUGUCAUGCUACAGAUCUCCCGAAUCUUCCAGACGCUGAAUCGCACGUAGAGGGGAAUGCCAGUCCACUGUGCCACUUCCUACUGUCCCUCGCGUCACCUUCUCCUCACCGGGAGGGUGCUUGGAUUGUCUGGGGAGGGGGGCGGCUGGAAGGGCAGGGGGGGCGAUCCCGUCUGAAUGGGUCUCUCGCACGAGAGCUUAUGUAGUUACAGCCAACUGCAGUUAAUUGCCUUGUGGAUUUAGUGUUAGUGGAAGAGGUUUGAAGACUUGUUUAUGUUUUCAGGUAUUAGGCUUAAAAUAAAGUAUAUCAAAAAAUAGGAAAAGGUUUUGUGAAAACGAUUAUGAAUCUGAUUGUUGGAAAGAAAUACGAUAUUGCUUGUUAAAAAGGCCUGUGACAAUAGUUUUCUAGCCAGUUUUGCUAGCAUCUGGCUAGUGUUUACAAAAGGUCACUGACCACUAGCAUAGGAUAUUAAUCAUCUCCAUACAGUAUUAAUUUAUGGCUAUAUCAAAUUAUAAAAUGCUUUUUUAAAUUGAUUCUUAGGAAAUGUUUUUUAAAAGUCCAAAUAUUGGGAGAGCAAGCACAUUUCUAUCCAAACUUGUUUAUCGUACGUUAUAAUUUAAACAGAGUAAUUCAGAGAUGGAAUUCUUUUAAUAAAUAGCAUUACUUUUUCCUAUUUAUUUUCUGCGUUAGUGUUGUUCCAGUCCCACAGUGGUUGUACUUGUAGGAGGUUCUCUGUCAGCUAUGUCAAAGAUGCAGUAUCUCUUUCACGGCAGAACUCGCUACACCAAGGCUUGGAUUCUCAAGUUGGCUACAGUUCAUACGUUCGUACUCUGCCAUAUCCUAACGCGAGGAUGUAUUCAUGGAAUGGGGUUUUUCCAUUUCUGUGUGCAUGGUUUUGGAAAGGGAGACUUGUGGUUUAUGACUUUGCUUCAAACUGUUUACAAAAAAGCAGCUAAUUUGCAUGGGUUUUUCACUGGUGAUCUGUAAAGAAGCAGAACUGCUUAGGUUUUUAUCUUGUUUAACGUAUUUAAGAGCACGCUUGAAAUUAUUAUCUUCUUUGAGAUAGAAGUGGUGUUUCUUGACACUUAUUUUUACCUUGGAAAUACCAAGAAUGUCAGGCGGUGUCUUUCCUCUUUUGUCAGAAAACUGACUUGAGAUUUCAGACAGGAGUUGUGAGCUCUUAAGAGCAGAACUCACUGGUAAAUAUCCAGCUAGUUUUUAGGAUUGGGCUCUGCAGGUGUUACUUUUUUAACAAUCUGAACAAAAAUGGGGUUUUGUUGUCGAAUUAGUGAAACAUGAUUGAUGUCUGUCAUAAUCCCUGCCAUGUCUUGUGUUUUCACAGCUUUUUUUUUUGGAAAGGAAGGCUCAGCAAGCCCUGCCCCUCCAAAAUGCAGAGUAACCAGAUGGAGACCCUGUCCUUAAGUAGCACAAAGGGCUGCUCUCAAACAGAGACAUCCCAAAAAGCUCUGCAAGUCUUUUAUUUUUUCUUUUUUUUUUUUCUUUAAGUGUGGGUUUGCCUGGGUUUUUUUGGUGCGGUUGGUUUUUUUUAAACAAAAAUGUAACAAGACACAACCCGAAACCCUACAACAAGUUUUGGCCUGAACUUGGCAUCUAAUCUCUGCUGUUACUCAGUUGAGGCACUGGAGUUGCCAAUUUCACAUAAUUAAUAUGAAGGGUGGGGAAAUAAAGACAGCUUGAGAUUUUAUCUUGACUUACUAUCCCAGUGUUUUUUUUUUUUUUGUUAUUUGUAAGCUCAUGUUAAGCUUUACAGUUCAUGACUGCUGAAAUAUUUACUUCUACAGUUAGAAAUUCCACGCUUUAUAGAGGUACUGCUUCUGUUCAAAUUGAACGGUAAAACCAUUUUCCCGGCCUCUUGCUAAUAACAGAUUGACAGGAUGACAUUAAAUUGUCAACGUGUCCUAGAACCGUAAAAGCUGGGAACCCGAUCCUGCAGCCCCGUGAACUGAGCACAACUACUCGUGAGUAGCUGUGCCUGAGUAUUGUAGUGUUAUGAAAGCUUUUGAUUAUUUUGUCCAUUUUUUUCUUACUCCCUGUAGCUUUUUGCCUGUAAUACUACCAGAAGACACUAUUACUUGAAACUCUUAGAGGCACAAGUCCUUCUCUACCAGUCAGGAUUCUUGUAAAUAUUCCUUUUAAUGAGUGUUUUUAGAAGACAAAGCUGGGAAAAACUACCCUGUAGUUUGAUGGGAGUUUUUUGGCUUCCGAGUAAGUGCAGGUCCAGACUUAUCGAACGGAUACUUUGGUAGCAGUCGUGGUCUUUGAAGAACGUGAAGGCUUGUUGAAAUGCUUUUGAUUUCAGUAAUACGUUUAUCAGACUCUGAAGUGGCUGUAGAGCUUCCAGACAGACCAGGCGAGGAUCAUCUGUCAACUUUAGAGUAAUUUAAAAGUUUGGCAUCCGGUUUGCUGGCGGAACCCAGGGGCCUGGCCAUAUGGCAGGAGCGAGCAGCACAUCUUGCCCGUACCGGCACGGGAGGAGCUGCCCCAGGGCUGUCUCUUACUGCUUCCAGGGCAAUGUGGAUGAUGAACUUGUACCAGCUCCCGGCUUUGAGGGGGCUGAAGCUGGGCACAUUCCUGGUAUGCCGUGUCUGACCCACUUGGGAGGAGCAGAGUGGCUCGCUUCGAAGGGUAAAGAUUCUGCUGCUUGUGUAUCUCUGCUUCAACCCCACAGCAACGGGGUCAGAGUGUGAUGCUGCCAGGACCUGCUAACGAAUUGUGCGUGUUCGUCAGUGUCAGUUUGAUCAGGGUGAUAAAAGCUAGCAGAGCUGCCUCCCUUGGUAUGCCAAAACGCAAUUGCUGCCACUGAAACUUAUAUAAAGUAAGGGGGGGGGGGAAGCAUCAGUAAACCAAAUCAUGCUUAGGUAAUAGAAAAAGGUAGGAAUGCCCAGGUUCAACAACACAACCUAAUAAGCGGUUAGAGAUCUUAGGGAUAAAGGAAUACUGCAUCUUUAAAAUGCUUGAAGGCUUUGAGAAUAUGUGGUUAUUUCUGGAUUUCAUUAUUCCAGAGCUCAGCACUUAAAACAGCUGAAGCGUUGGAGAGUGUGUUCUUCAUCUGCCAAACCAUUCUCUUGCUUGGUAUGGCUUUAACGUCCAUGGCCCUGCUUGUCUUUCAAAAACCUACAGUUUCCAGUGGCCAAUAGCUGAAAGAGGCCAGAACUUAGGAGGCAUGAUGUUUGCAGCAAGGCAUAGGAGUUGAUCUAAAACAAGCAAAACUACCCUUGAGGUUGAAGGAACACUUGCUGAAUUGAUGAAGACAUCAGUGGUGGUGUUAGGGUAGGAACUGGUAGCAGACGAGGGAGCUGCCUGUUGGGUCCGUUCCUGCUUCAGCACAGUAAAUGGAGGGGGGAGUUAAGUCCACUGUGCUUGCAAAGGCAUUGAUUGUCCCGAUUUUUACAAAAUCUGCAAAAAAAAUGAUAGAUCUCUGCUAUUGAGUCAGAAUGUGCGGACGGGUCUCCAGGCACAAGCAGGAUGUGUGCAGUAAGAGCUUUGCCUGGUAAUCAUAGAAUCAUAGAAUGUGUUGGGUUGGAAGGGACCUCUAAAGGCCACCUAGUCCAACCCCCUGCAGUCAGCAGGGACAUCUGUAACUAGAUCAGGUCGCUCAGAGCCUCAUCCAGCCUGGUCCUGAAUGUCCCCAGGGAUGGGGCCUCCACCACCUCUCUGGGCAACCUGGGCCAGUGUCUCACCACCCUCAGUGUGAAGAACUUCUUCCUCACGUCUAAUCUAAACCUGCCCUGCUCUAGUUUAAACCAUCGCCCCUCAUCCUAUUGCCACAUGCCCUUGCAGACAGCCCCUCCCCAGCUUUCCUGGAGCCCCUUCAGGGACUGGAAGGGGCUGGAAGGUCUCCCUGGAGCCUUCUCUUCUCCAGGCUGAACCCCCCCAGCUCUCUCAGCCUGUCGGUGUUAAACUGUCCUGUUCGGUGGCUGAAGGGCAGAGGACAGGGCGAUCUGUCUGGGAGCCAGCGAGAGGUCCCUAAGCACGUGGGAACAGGAGGUUCAGGUUUUAAAAAAAAAAAAAAAAAGACAUUUUUGUGAGAAGAACUACUCACAGGAGUAAGGAUUUACAGGUUCAGGUCCUGUGCUUGCAUCUCCGGUGUUCAAGUUAUAACCAGCAAGGACAUGUCAUAUUUAAGUGUCUCAUCACACGGUCGUGGGAAUAUUUGGAAGCCUGUGGAGUCAAGAAGUAAGGCAAUGGGCUGGUAGGUGGCUAAUACAAGUCUUACAGUUGUAGCUCUUUGCCCCGUUGGUUGAUACGGACAAUCUUCUACCUUUUGAUAUUACGUGACUCUUGAAAGCUAGCUAUUUAUUUAAAUAUAUAUAACUUAUAAUUUUGUCAUCAGAACACUGAUAUCUUUAAUAGAAAUGUACUAUACGGAAGUUUGUUCUCAGGGCUUCGUAUUUAUACUCUCUUUAUAGGGGGAUGCAUUUAAAGGGAUGUAUUUGGAAAAUUCGGCCACUUUACAACUUGGACCUUGAUUGUCUUGACCUGUGAGCCUGAGCUAGUGUCCCCCUCCUACCGAACCUCUCCUGUCUGGUCCAGUCCAAAGAAUCUGCCGGUCUCUCUCUCCCUGUGAGCAGCGACGUGAGUCUUCCUUUCACGUUGCUGCAUCGCUCUCUGGAAAUGGUCACACAAGGUUGCCCCGAAACUUCACGCUUUGCUGAUCCGUACAACCGUUUCAAGGAUGCUUCUGCUCUCCGUGCAGCUGGAAAAUGAACUUGCACGGUUUCUAAAGCAGAUGUCAGCGCGCUCCUGCUCUCCUGGGGUGCUGCAAGGUUCCAUCCUGCAAGAGGUGGGAAACCUUCAGCUAAUGCUGCUUUUUGGCUGCUUUUUGGCCCCUGUCGCAGGUGCGUCCCAGAACCUUGACCCCCAAUUUCUUUCCUCACUCUUCUGGAACCAAACUUGUCUUUUGGUGAUUGAUCUUCAUAUCCAAGAAACACUUGAGUGGUUAUUGAAAUCCUUUUUAGUUGGGACUGUUACAAUUUUUUUUUUUUUUUAGGUGUUGUGAUUCACGGGCUGAGGAUCUUUUAAUAUAUUUUGAAAGUUGUUGAAAUAAGCAUUGCACCAAACGAAUGUAUAGUGACACCGUCAGCAAGUAUUGCCUGUGGAAGGGGUUCAGAGGUCACCGCUCAUCUCUGCUGCAGCGGCAAUGCUACGGGAGUAGCGCGCACAGGGCAGCGAGCGUUUCAUCCAAAGUAAAUACCCCGGUUUUCUACUUUUAAUAAAUAGCGUUUUUAUUAACUAGCGGAAUAGCGGCGCUUGCAGCUGGGUCUUUCCAUCCGAUCACAAGUCCUUUUGCUUCGAGGCAUAAGCAAACCACUGAGUGUAGCCUCCUCUCUGGACCGAUUCUCCUUCUGAAGGAUUUGUGCUGGUUCUCGGGGGUGGGACGGGGGGGGCUCGGCCAGGCUGACCCCCACCUUGCUGCGCAGGACACGGCGAGCGGCGUAUUGCGUCGGGUGAGUGUGCUCUCGUGGUGGUUCUUCUCACCUGCAUCCUCACGCUGAGGUGUAGCAAAAAGGGGUUUUUAAGGACCCCCCUAGACUUGAAGAUCCUUAAUGCAGAUCCCGUUCGCAGCAUGUGAACUUCAAUAAAUGUAAAUGCAUUAAAUUCUUACUGAAUUUGGGUAUAGUUUUAUAUCGUGCUCAGGGGAGAGGGAAGAAAUUGGAUCACGUUUUGAACUAAGCCCCACAAAACAAAGUGUCUUUGUUGCAGCAGGUAACAGAGGCCUGUAGAGAUUUUUAAUUUGCAUAUUUUUAUCAUAGUUUAAUGAACUGUACGAGAAUGUGAUUUGCUAUCCAGCACUUAGCACCAGGCAGCAUCAGUAAAACUUUAUUGCAAGGUACUGACUUAACAUGUUUUUUCAUUUCACCUGUGUAUAAAAUAAUUAGGUACAGCAUAUGAUAAUUUUGAUCUGGCACUGGCACUGACGUGUGGCAUGCACAGCUGUUUCUAAGAUGUAACCUUACUUUUAUGAAGCUUAAUUAGGGCGGACGUCACUGAGCCUGUGGAAUUCAGGGUUCAUUCUGGACACGCUCCCGUGGGUCACUGCCCUCCCCCCGAGUGGGAGAAGCAGCAGGCUUUGCUCCUGCGCAGCAGCCUCGAGGCAAAACGUAAGAAAUGCUACUAAUUUGUUAUCCUUCUCAGCAGUCGUCGUUGUCUGCUGAAAUAUUCCUGGAAGCUACGGAGGUUGUUGGCGAAGCCAGACCUGUUCGAACUGAAACGGUCGCGUCUCUUUAGCGUGUGGAGAAGCCGUACCCGCGGGUGAGGCUAGAAUGAACGCUGAGUCUUUAAACCUGCUCACACAUACACACUGAAGACACUGACGUUGUGUGUGCUGUAAAUUUAUAAUAUAUCUUAAAAAUAAAGUUUUUGGAUUUAUUA